AUGUUGCGACUCUUUCUGUGUCUCGUGGGACUCAUUCUUGCCCUGAGGAUCCAAUCUACAGCAGCAGAAUCCGAUUACCAGGAAUCACUCAAUCUUCAACCUCUCCCCUUGGGAGCACUGCUCGCCUCGUUUGAUUUCCGAAGCAAUGAAUCGGUCACAUCAUUCGAGAAACAGAAUUUCCGAUUCUUUCCUCGGUCCCUGGGGCAGAUUCUGCAGCACUCCAACACAAAAGAGCUACACCUGAGGUUCAGUACAGGGAGGUGGAACGCAGACACGUGGGGAGCUCGGCCAUGGCAAGGCAAGAAAGAGGGAGGUACAGGGGUGGAGCUUUGGGCGUGGAUUAAUGCAGGAGAUGACGAGGAGAGCUUUCACAAGUGGACUACGUUGACACAGAGUCUGUCUGGUCUUUUUUGCGCUUCCUUGAACUUUGUUGACUCUACACGGACGACAAGACCUGUUCGGUCAUUCUCCCCGGAGGGUCAUCACGAUGUCUCGAAAGAUCAUUUGCGUCUGCUGCAUGGAGUGCUUCCUGGAGAAGUUGUCUGCACAGAGAAUCUGACUCCUUUCCUCAAGCUACUUCCAUGCAAAGGGAAAGCAGGCAUCGCAAGUCUGUUGGACGGCCACAAGGUUUUUGAUGCUUCUUGGCAGAGUAUGUCAAUUGAUGUUCAUCCUGUUUGCCCUGCUGGAGCGGACGAAUGCCACAUAGAGAUCUCACAAACCAUCGAUAUGGUCCUGGACAUUGAGCGAGCCAAACGACCUCGCGACAAUCCAAUUCCCCGCCCCAUUCCAGCAGAUCAAUUAAACUGUGAUGAGUCUAAACCGUACCAUGCGCACGACACAUGCUACCCAAAGGAGUCCACUGAAGAGAUAGGGUGGUCAAUAGAGGAGGUCUUCGGAAGGAAAAUCCCUGGAGCCUGCCCCCUGAUUGACGAAGAAUGGAAACCGCUCUGUCUCCACGUUCCACACGAGAGGAAAGUCUAUGUGCCAUUCGGCGCAUUCGAAGUCAAAAACCCACCUAGUCAGUCCACCGAGUACCGUUGCUACCACUUCCGACCUGAAGAAGUCUUCAACCUUGAAGUCAUACCACAAAAGCUAAACACGCAACCCAAUCUUCCCCACGAACCCUUACGUGCAGAACGCACAAUCGUUGGCCACGGCGCCGCAAACGGCGGCAUACGCACCAUCCUGACCAAUCCGUCCCCUAUCGAACCGGUCCAGCUGGUCUACUUCGAAAACCUCCCCUGGUUCAUGCGUCCCUUCAUCCACACUCUAAAGGCCGACAUCACCUCCUCGUCCCCAUCCUCGCCGCCCAAUACAUACACCACCUCAAACUGGCAAGUCAUCAAAGAAAUGUACUACGUCCCGGCCAUCGACCGGCAACGCGGCACGCAACUCGAACUCCUCCUCUCCAUCCCCGCCUCCAGCACCGUAACUCUGACCUACGACUUCGAAAAGGCAAUCCUAAGAUACACCGAGUACCCGCCCGACGCCAAUCGCGGCUUCAACGUCGCGCCCGCUGUCAUCAAGGUCUUAAAUCAGACCUCCACCAUCACCACCGAUCGCUCCAUAUCUGAUCCAGCUGUAGCAAGUAUAGGGCUAAGGGAGGGUAACAGGGACGGGAAUGUAUAUAUCCGCACGACAAGCCUGCUCCUCACGCUGCCAACCCCGGAUUUCAGCAUGCCGUACAACGUGAUCAUCCUGACGAGCACGGUCAUGGCGCUGGCGUUCGGGAGCAUCUUCAAUCUGUUGGUGAGGAGGUUUGUGGGCGCGGAUGAGGCCCCGGGGUAUGAUUGGAGGGCGUUCAGGGACAGGGUUGGAGGGAGGCUGGUAAGGAUUCGCGAUCGGUUUCGGAGGAGGAAGGCGGAGAAAGUGGAUUGA